AUGGCCCAACUAGUCCUUCCGCCCGCCGUGGACGCAGCCUUGCUUAGCCCGGCGCCACCCGCGUGGGUGGGAUCCCUGGCGGGGGAGGAUGGGCGCUGUGGUUCGCUCCCCCCUCGGCUCCCUUCAGAACCGCCGGGAUGGAGCGGGCGACGGGGGAGGCGGCGGCGUCCGCUCCGUUCACCGAAGGGGGCGGCUGGGAAGUCUUCGGCCAGGUCGGGCCGGCUCCCCCCGAGCCAGGAGCAGCCCCCGAGGUCGCGCGGAUUGUGCCACGCGUGCGGGCAACCAGACAUAAACACCCUUCGGCCGCAGGUGGCGGGGAGCGCUCGGACGGGCGGGGGAGGCCCGUCUUCUCCGGGGGCCGAGCCCCUCCCUGGCGCCGCGGCCGCUCUGGGACAGCCCCCCCCCUCCGCCCGCCCUCUCCCUGUAAUUGCCAGGCUUCGGUUCCUCCGCUCCUCGCCCCAAACGCGAAGGGAUAGGAAGGAGGCCGCUUGGAACGGCGGCGCCCCCGGACCUCUCCUGCCCCGCUGGCGCCUCCCUCUCCGCCCGGACCCCCCAGGAUGGGCUCCAGGCUCCCCAGCUGCUUUCCACGCGCCCGACGCGGACGGUCGCGGCGGGCCGGCAAGACGGGCCAGGGAGAGACCCCGGAAGCUGCCUCUGCCGACGGCCCGGACGCCGCGGCAGGCCGAGCCAGGUCCACCCCGUCCACCAGCAGUGAGGGCGACCCGCAGAGCGGCCGGGCGUACUUCAGCUGCAAAGCCCGUGUCUCCUUCCGCCACCAGCUCGACUCCGAGAGGGACUCCACCAGCUGAUCCGCCGGAGAGGCCGGCAGGCAGGGCCGCAGGGCAGAGGCCGCCCAGGAAUAAAAGGUCCCACCCAGAUGCCUCUUUCCUUCUGUACUGCGCCCCAGGGGAGAAUUGCUUCUGCAGGCCUCCUCCAGCCCUCCCGACAGCAACACCAGCCAGGCCCCCAAACUGA